UUACCGAAAGAACCAAAGAAGAACAACCUACCUGCACACGAGAUGGUUGUUACAUCGCUCCCUCUCCAGCUGGGGGUGGACAUCCUCUCCGGCAUGCUUCCCUCCUCCUGUGGCUACCAGCUCGGCCAUCGGCCAUCAUCAAGCAGUGAAUACGACUCAUUACCAUCGUCAAGCGGUGUGCUACUCAUUACCACGUACCGUCUUCAUUGGCGCCAUAUAGCGUAGUCACCGAAGCUGCGCCAGCCAGGGUGUAACAAUUGGCAACGAGUGCGGUCGUAUAGUACUUUGUAGCCACAAUUAAGUGAACAAUACAUUAAGGUAAUAAAGGCCCUGUGUGACUAUGGGAACCAAAAUACGUAUUGCAAAGCGGGUCAUGAGACUCUUGCAAAUGCAACUACAAUAAAGGUCGUUGCAUGUACCGGUGAAUUACAGUCAACAAUGUACAGAAUCAGAAUACUGUAUUGUAUUGAACAUCGUGUCAUUUAGUUGCGACGAGUGGUGGCGCUGUGGUUAGCACACUGUUCAUUGAUCCCGACCGCCAGUAUAAGUGGCUGGCCAUUAUUAUCUGUCUGAACCAGCCCCGGCCACCCCCACUUUGCCAACCUGUACUGACUAGCGUGCGAUAUGUGGAGGGCCUCAUGCAGCAAUGGAUUGACAAUGAAGCUGUACAUAUUCCUAUUGUUGCAGGCGAUGGAGCGGUGGCACAGUGGUUAAUAAUGCACUGGACUCUGAACCAGCGAGCCCAUUUAAAUUCCUGGCCGCAGCUAACAUCAGUGGCUAGUGACAUACGAGCCAAUCCUGGACUCUGUUUACCAGUGCGCAUUGACCAGUGCGCAUUGGCCAGUGUGGUGAAGUCUAAUAUAACAACCCCCACGGGGGACACGACGUAGGGGGGGCAUUCAUCCAGCAGUGGAUUGACAAAGGGAUGUGAGUUGUUGCUGGCUCAAGAAUGGAUUGCCACCGUUAUCUGAAGGUUCUAAUACUGCAGCUCAAUGGAAACCGUACAGAUCUCCACAAAUACAUGUACAGGGCAGGUUCGGGAGUUUGGUCAUGGAAAAUAUGAAUCGGCUCCGUGAGAUAUGUUGUCUACUGGGGCAUAGAGACACAGGGGGUUCACGAUGCUGUUUUAGCAUUGCGUGAGGUCUAAUGAGAGAUUGACCUCAAUCCGGCUUGAGCUGUAGGCAGAGCAGAGGCAGAUGUACAGACGAGGGGCUUGCGGGCGGCACUUUUUCCGCCGAGAUGGUUCGCACGGAACCCAAGACUCCACAUCCACUGCAGCCACUCGGUAAUUUCUGUGGGGAUUUACCAAAGCACGUCUUCUUCUUCUUCUGCUGUUAACGAUUCUCUGACUCCAUCAUUGGUAAAGCGUGCCGAGAGUAAACGUCUGCAUACAAGGGAAGAAUGCUGAAACUCCGGGCAGAUUGGUCAAAAACCUGCCACAGGCACCACCUCGUUACCUGUCAGGUUUCAAUGGCGCCCGUCGCCUGCCGAGGCUGAGUGUCCCGCAGGUGGCGAUGGGGAAGCUGCAGAGCAAGCCCAGCGUUCGCCCGCACAAGUACAGGGUCGAGUCUCCGGCAUGCGCGCUGGGCGAAGCGUCGGUGCGGCACUUUCCCCGCGUUCACCGCGACGCCGUCGCCUCCCUCACGCUGCUCGGCCCUGCACUCAGCCUCUCGGGCAGCAAGGACUGCACCGUGGUGCUCUUUGAUUGGGAGAGGGGGGAGCUGUGUGCACGACUGCUCGGCCACACUCGUGAUGUCACCAAGGUGGCCUGUGUGCCGGGCGGCACGCACGUGUUCAGCGCGUCCCGAGACCGCACCGCGUGCAUGUGGCACCGUGCGCACCCCGCGGACGGCCCCGUCGCCUCCUUCUCCGGCCACGAGCUCGUGCUCACGGGACUCUCCCUCAACCACGACGGCAGUGUCCUGUGCACGGGUUCCCGUGACAACGCGCUCUGCUUCUGGGACGUGGACACGGGCGUCUGCGUGCGGCGAGCGUCCCUGCCUCGGAACCUGGUGACGGACGUGUGCUGGGUGCCUGGCAGUGCUCUGGUGGCCCAGACAUCCGAGGAUAAAACUGUGCGGCUGUGGGAUAGCCGCACCGCGCAGGUGUCGGUGCUGUUUCCCCCCAAGUGCCACAUCCAGACGAGCUGUGCGGCGUCCCCCGGCGCCACCCAGCUCCUCAGCACCAGCGCCGGGGUCAACGCGGAGGGCUGUGAGGCCACGCUGUGGGACGGGCGGAAACCGUGCGGUGCUGUGCGGGAGUUCCACGGACACAGCCAGAGCAGCAGCAGCUGCUGCUUCCUGCCCGGGGGCCUCCUGGGCACGGCCUCGCACGACGGCACGGCGCGCGUCUGGGAGCUGCAUGCCACAGAGUGUGUGUGCGUAGCGAUACUGGGUGGCCCACUCACAGCGAUGUGCUCGGGUGGCGAUGGGCGCAUCCUCUGUGGCGGAUUCCACUCGGGCGUGCACGUCUUGGAGCUCAUCAGCGGUCACGGCCCCACUGCCCUGCGCACGAUGGCACGCUUCUGAAAACGCCACCUGCCCUGACCGCCCCGGCAUGCCGCACAGCGCCCGUGCCAUCGCAGACCUCUCAGGCAGGCCCCACACAUUCAGCGAGUGUAUCGAGUCUUAGAGGUCGGAGUGCUUAACCGGCACCGGUGAGAUCCUGGGUUUUGAAUACAGACGGUCGCCCGUCAUUAAACUGAGUUCUCAAAUGUAGCGAGGGCUGAUGGUCUCUGCCCAAACAUCAAUGGUUUCACACAAAAAAAUAUCACGUUAAAUUAGAUUCUGAACUUUAUUUGGCUAAAUUCCAGCUGUGGGAAUUAACGGUAUUGGUUGACUGUCGUGUGAUGAACAUUACAGGCAGAGACAGAAUAGGUGAGAAAGCGAUACUCCUUAUUGUGUUGACGAGAGGUUUGUGAAGUGGUCUCAGAUGUAGGAUUGCACUGCACUGAGAGAUAUCCGAAUGUAUACAUCGUCUCAGAAGAAUGGAGGCUGGGUCUCCACAAAUUGUCUGUAGGGUUCAACAAUGCAGUUAUGAUUAUUUUUUAUAACUUAUUUUUGUUUAACAUGAGCUCUAAAAGCAAUUCUCCCACAUUCCCCUAGUAAUAUUCGACGUGCAGGGUUAAAAUGGCAGUAAUGUCUAAGGUCUGAAGAUAUUUGUAAAUUUGUACUAUUUAUUUCAGACCAACACGGUUGGUCUUUGGAUCACAUCAAGGAUUUAUUUUAACACCCUGGGGAGGGGUUGAUGAUUAAACCCGGGACAGAGUGGUUUUUAGAACCAGGAUGAGGUCUAGUUGCAGGAGAGGGUCUGGUUUGUGGUUCUAUAACUUAACUAUUUUGUAUUCUACCAGGCAAGGCCCUCUGAGCGAUGUGGCUCUUUUUCAGAAGCGAUCUAGCCACAAAUGAUAGCUCACCGAAGUGGCUCAUCGCGUGGAAAUUUACAGCAGUCAAAUACUCUUAAACGCGUGC